CAGAAUUCUUUCUUCCGCAGUCUAUGCGUAGGGCAUGUCGACUAGCAAAGAAAAACUAGUUUUGCACUGUCUUGUCCUUGCCUGUUAGCUAGUUUCACUAAAUGUGUAAGGCGAGUUGUGGAGCGCCACGAACACAUGUAGACGGCCCCGGAAAUGAAAGGUGUGUGUCCCUGUCAUAAGUAGCUGUGAUGGAUGGAGAAGCCCCAAGGGCGGCUGUGUCCUGGGAGAAUGGUUUACUGGUUCCUGUGGACCACCUCCGCUGCGAGAGGGCGGACAGCCCCACACCAGGUCUGGUUGAGGGAACUGAACCAGGUGCUGGUCAGAAGAGUGCCAUGUUUGUCCGUGCACAGUCUUUUGAAGAUCUGACCGCGGAGACUGAGGAAUUAAUUCAGAGGGAGGCUCAACUGGAGAAACCCAUCGAGUCUGCAGAGGAGCUUGAAGGGCUGGUGGGAGAGAAAGGCAUAGAGGAGCAGCACAACAACGAAGGUCCAUCUGAAAGCAGGACUAAGGAGGAAGAUGUUUCAAGUGAGGCAUGGAGAAGCCACAGAAAACAUGUGUUUGUGCUGAGCGAGGCAGGAAAGCCAAUCUACUCCCGCUACGGCACAGAGGAGGCUCUGUCCAGCACCAUGGGAGUGAUGAUGGCCCUCGUGUCGUUCGUUGAAGCAGAGAAGAACAUCAUUCGCUCCAUCCAUGCAGAUGGCUGCAAAGUGGUUUUCCUCGCCAGGAGUCCUCUGGUCCUGGUGGGCGUGUCCCGAACCUGUCAGUCGGACAAGGAGUUGCUGCGGGAGUUACAGUACAUCUACUACCAGAUCGUCAGCCUGCUCACCCUCACCCAGCUCAACCACAUCUUCCAGCACAAGCAGAACUACGACCUGCGCCGCCUGCUGGCUGGCUCAGAGUAUCUCACUGACAACCUACUGCAACGGCUAGACCGAGACCCUGGUCUGCUGCUUAGCGCUGUCACCUGCCUGCCUCUGCCCAGCUCCACCAGGGACGUGGUGUCAUCGAGCCUACAGGCUGCUAAAGCCAAAAACCUGGUGUUCUCCAUCCUGCUGGCAGGGGAUCGCUUGGUCACUCUGGUGAGGAAGAAGGAUCAAUUCCUGCAUCACAUAGACUUGAACCUGGUCUUCAACCUCGUAGGCUCCUCAUCAUCUUUCCGGGAGGGUGAAGGCUGGACACCCAUCUGUCUGCCAAAGUUCAACACUGCAGGAUUUUUCCAUGCUCACAUUUCAUAUCUGGAGCCAGCUUCUGAUCUCUGCCUCAUACUGGUAUCAACUGAUCGUGAGGACUUUUUUAACAUGUCCGACUGCAAGCAGCGAUUUCUGGAGAGGUUAAACAAGCGCAGUGCCUACCAGUCCCUGAAGGAGGCGCUCAAAUGUCCCAGCUACUGUGUGGAGCAGGUCGGCAUCCCAGAGCUGAGGCACUUUCUGUACAAAUCAAAGAGCUCAGGGCUGUACACCAGCCCAGCGUAUCCUGCAGUUUACCAGACUGAUGAGGAGCAGGAAAGGCUGAUGGGAUUGUACCAGGACCUUCACAGCCGCUUGCAUCAUCCAACCAGACCUCUCCGCUCCUUAUAUCGCUGUACUGAAAGUGAAAACCUGAUGGCAUGGGUGACAAGUGGCUUCGAGCUCUACCUCUGCUUUAGUCCUCUCGGGACCAAGGCCUUAGCCGUCUCUGCGGUCACUAAGUUGCUAAAGUGGAUCAGGAAGGAGGAGGAUCGCCUCUUCAUCCUAAGUCCUCUCACAUACUGAGUCUUGGCUCAUGAAGCUUGUGUUAACAACAUCACUAAAUAAUGCACUAGUCAGUUCAGUGUUGAGAAAGGUUGGUAAAGCUAAGCUUUAUUGUUGCCUGUAGGUUCAUAUAAUCUGACUUACAGGUCUAUGAUGAGAUGGGUCGUGCAGUCUGAGUGCGUUAAAGCUGUAUUUUAGCUGGCUAGCUUUUAUAACUUCAAAUGUAUGAGAACAACAGAUGGGAGUUGCGUCAUCAUUAUGGAUGACAGAACAACAUACUGUGAUGUUGGUAUGCUUUUAGAGUUGUUAUAGAUACAUAAUUAUUUUACUGUAACAGACCUGUUAUGCCUCUCAGAAUAAGAUAAAUGCUGCCUAUGUUUUUUAAAUGCUAUGCUUGGUUCUUAAAAAAAUAAAUUGAAGAACUGGAACCUAUUGAGGACCUGCAGAAGAAUGGUACCUUGUCAUAAGACAUACCGUCAAAAAAAUGGAUGCAGCACAUUCCUGCGUUCUCUUGACAGAAUGACCAAUUACUGUAUGAACCAUGAUCAUUUUACCUUCAUGCACUUUUUUUUAAGCAAAAAGCACUCCAAGAGAAAUUGUGUUUAUAAAUCUGUAACCUGUUUACUGCUGUCAUUUUAUUGUGUAAGAUGUUAUAUUAAUAUAACUAAAUUUAUGUCCAAUAGUCAUUUUUCUGUUCAUUAGAAGUUUUUUAUAUUAACACCUAACAGUAAGUAUAAUAAGCACCACAAUUAAGAAAAGUAUUGUGUGAUAUUUUAUCUACUUUUGUCUAAUCAAGGUUUGCUGCAUUUCAUUGGAUCCUGCUUUGCUGAGGGAGCCCAAUGUUGCCACAUCUGCCUCUGCUAAUCAUGCCUUAAAAUCAUGCCUUAAAUCUUGUCUUUUUUUCCAAAGCCAAUAAAAAUUGUAAAAUUGUAAAAAUGUAGAUGCAGGUUUAGGGCUGCUUUGCAAUUGAACAACUAUUAUAUAUGAAUAAAUAAAUAAACAGUGAGUAAUAAAAAAGGCUGCUUAACAA